AUGUCCGAAUCACGCCUCUUCCGCUUCCCCAAGCCCGCCUGGCUCAACAGCGCAACCACCCGCACCGCAGGCGUCUACGCGGCCGGCGCAUUGUUCUCCCUAGCCCUCUUCCUCCAAAUCGACGCGGCAACCUACUCCCACUCCCCGCUCAACGGCUCCCUCUUCAACGUCACCUUCAUCGACUGGAUCCCCGGCAUUUUCUCCCUCCUCGGCCUGCUCAUCAUCAACAGCAUAGACAAGACUCGUCUCUCCGGCGACGGCUUCUCAUACAGCGGGGAUGACGGGGUGGCGUGGAAAGCAAGAGUGGUGCUGUUCAUGGGCUUUGCGGCGAUGGCGGGUGGGCUGGCGGGGGGAGUGACGGUGUGCGUGCUGAAGUAUGUGGUCAAGGGAGCGGAGAUGCCAGCACUCUGGUUUGGGAUUGCUUGUGUUGUUGGGAAUGCAGGAGUCAUGUUGAGUACGGUCGUGCUUUGGAUAAGUCAGAACAUGGAGGAUGAUUAUACCUACAACUUGGCGCUGUAG